GUGAAUUGUAUUGAUAUAUGAAUGAAGUUUUACAAUGAGGCAAGCAAAUAGUACGAUUCCCGUACAAAGACUCAAACCAGCCUUUGUCGCGUGAUAUUGGUUACAACCUUUUGCGGCGAAAGAUUUUUUACUACAAUGAACCAUGCGAAAAUGAAUUCAACAAGUCAGAGUCAAUGCUAUGAAGAGCAUCAGCAGCAAGGAUGUCCAGAAAAUUACUAUAAUAACCAGAAUCUAACUUGUUGCAAAUGCCCACAAGGCCUGAUUUCACUCAAUAUUAGCGACAUGUACUGUUAUGAAAAGGAAAAAGCUAAAUUCAUAAGUCGAAAACUCCAAGCUGGACCCAGAGAAUAUGAAGGUUCAGUGCAAAGUGAAUACCAAGAUGGUCUCACCUUUUUGAUCAUUCUCGUCGCUGCCAUUUUCAUCUUGUACGGAUUCUUCAACUAUUUCUUGCCUCGUGGAAGACAUGCCAUGAUUCAGAUUUGUCAUUGUUUCACGAUUUUUCGAAAGCUGUGGAGAAUGUGCAUUCACCACCCCAUUGAUGAUUCAAUCCCAUGACAUUUGUAUUUGCAGACGACUAUCUGUAAUAAAGU